CAGCUGCAAAUUGAAAAUAUGUCGUUAUUCGUUAUUCAGAUUCUGGUAUUCCACUGUUCAGUGAUUUCAGUUAUAUAGAUAUUGUGUUAUUAGUGAUUUGCGUUUGUGGUUCCAGAGUUCCCGACUAGGCAUUGGUUAUUUUAAAGUGGUGGUGCGAGUAGUGUUGUUAAGCGUGAAACUACGACUGUCUGACGUCUGUAGUCUGUAAGCCCUUUACUACAACUCUAUGAGGCCGACGACCAUUUCGCGAUGGAACCGGCAACCGAAUCGAUAUCGGUGCGAUCAAUGCGCAUUGGCGAAGUGCUCAGUGGUCCGACAAUUAUGGCCUCGACGGCUCUGAACAAAGAACUGCUGUUCGACGCUAUGAUAUUGCUGUUUGACGAAUGUAACAACGAUUUCAUGAAGAGCGAUCCGCUGAUCUCGAAUUUCGUAAACAAAUUUAAAAUGGCCAUACCAGAGUUAAAAUCCCUCAGAGUCAACCGUUUAGAUUUUGAAUCCAAACAAGUGAUCGGCAAAGGACAUUUCGGAGACGUAGAAUUAGUAAUAGAGAAACAUACCAAGGAUAUUUUUGCUAUGAAAGUGUUGAAAAAGGAUAAUUUACUUAAUCACAGAGACAUCGCUUUUUAUGAAUAUGAAAGAGAUAUUAUGGCAUCAUCAAGUUCUCCAUUUUUAACACAAUUGCAUUAUGCUUUUCAAGACUUUCAAAAUCUUUACCUAGUUAUGGACUAUCACCCGGGUGGAGAUUUUGCAAAUUUAAUUGAUAAGUUUAAUGGUACAUUACCAGAGGAAACAGCAAAAUUUUAUAUCGCAGAACUGUUGUUGGCUGUUAAACAUCUGCACACAAUGGGCUUUGCUCAUCGUGACAUUAAACCUGAAAAUAUGAUGUUAGAUCGUGUUGGACAUUUGAAAUUAGUUGAUUUUGGUUCUUCAGCAAAACUUAACCGUGAUGGAAAAAUAUGUGCUCGCAUGCCUGUUGGUACUUCAGAGUAUUUAGCACCAGAAGUCCUACAAUUUAUGCAGUCAAAUUCAAAAUCAAUGGAAGGUUAUGGACCUCAAUGUGAUCUGUGGUCUGUUGGUAUUGUUGCUUAUGAGAUGGCAACUGGGGAUACUCCAUUCAAUUCUGAACAACAAAUGAAAGCAGAAAUAUCUGAAACUAUUAGUCAAAAACAACUUUUGAAAGAAGCCAAUGUUCGAUUAACUGCUCAGUUAGAAGCUAUGGUUGAAGAUUCAAAUGUUAUGCAGAAUGUUAUUUCAAAAUAUAAGAAUAGUUUGAUGGAACAAAAAGUAUAUUAUGAGGAACGUUUAAUUAAAGCAGAUUCUACCAUUCUCCAACAAACAAAACUUAUUGAUUUCCUUCAAAAAAAGUUUGAUGAUGUGACCAAAAAGAAAAGGACUUUGGGUGAUAUGUUGUUCAGUGGUAAAAACAAAGAAAAUAUUGAUCAAAAAGAAAUUGAAUCUCUAUUAAAUUCUGAAAGAAGUAAAUCAAAAGAUCUAGCAAAUAAACUAUAUCAAACUCAGGCUGAAUUGAACAUGAUGAGAACACAAGGUCCAUCAACACMUUUAGUUCCUAUCUGUCUUAAUUUUGAAGCUAAUUCGCCUGCAUAUAAAACAUUGACUUCUAAUACACUAUCACAACAUCAGUCAUUUCAUAAGUUUGAAGUAAAAAUAUGUAAACGUGAUGGAUUACAAUGUUCACACUGUAAAACUGAAAUAGUAAGUAGGCAACAAAUUAGUCAAUGUCAAGAGUGUAGAGUGUCGACACAUGUAACAUGUUCUCAUGAGUUACUACCUGAUUGCACUCCUAUAAAAAAAGAACAACAAACAACUACACCGGUUCUGAGCAAUAAUGAGAAAAAAUCUGAGGUUGAAUCAUGGGUUACUAUUUGGGACAAUACUAAACAGAUUUGGGAUCGAAAGUAUGCAAAAUUUGAACAAGGGGUGCUAUUAAUUCUUAAUGAUAAAUAUGAUUCUCAACCAUUCUAUACUUUACCAUUGAUGAUGUCAUCAAAUAUUGUUAAAGUUGUUGAUGUGGCAGAAUCAAACGAUUCAACAUUUGACAAAAACUCUAAUGAAGAUUAUGAUCAGAUGUUAAAAAUUGAAGUGUACAACUUAAAUACUGGUUGGAUGACCUUAUUUUUGUACAUUAUCUUGUCUAGCAUCUCAGAAAAAAAGAAUUGGUUAAGAAUAAUUAAAGAGUUCUUGGAAAAUUGUGAAUAUGACGCUCAAUCACAACAAAAUCAUGAUUACAAAGAUAAUAUAUACACCUUCCAUAAAGAUAAAUUACUUAAUGUUAACUGCAUUCAUCAAAUAUCACAAACUGUGUUCCUAUUAGGUGCUGUUGAAGGAUUAUUUUCAGUCCAUAUAAAAUCUGAGAAUGAACAAGUUAAGCAUGACCUUGUCCCUAUAGUUGGACCAAAAUUAGUUAAUGACUUUGCAUUCUUGCCUAAACUUCAAUUGGUUUUAAUGAUUGCUGGAACCACUAAAGAAUUACUAAAAUGUAAUAUGAGAACUGUUGUCUUAAAUUCAGAAUUAAGUCAUAUGUCUAAGCCAGUUAUUGAAGUA